AUGAGCGUGAAGUACAUCGAGAAUUGUUUCCAUAUUUGGGAUGCUCUUUUCACAAUUCCCGAUGUCCAGGCCGUGAUCCUCGACAUGGAGAGAAGACAUGGUACAAAAAGCCCUUUCCAUUUCAUGUCUCAGCUCCUUGCACUUGAGAUGAAAUGCAAGUCAGCUGAAACAGCUUUUUGGGCCGUCAGCUUCAUGCGCUUGUACAUCGACCGCGGUUUCAUGUCCCAUGGUGAGAUGACAUUCCGAAGCUUGACCGGGCGCGACACGAACCAGAAGGGUUGGCUUGACGUGGUCCUAGAGAAAAGGACCGUGCUUGCUUGGCUACAAGGCUCCUUUGCGGACAAGCUUGAGCUGGCUGAGUCGGCGAAGGUUCUUAUUCGCAGCAUCACGUCGGCUGAAACAGCUGAGAAGUUCUUUGACACUGAUCAGGAGGAGAUCCAGAGCGUGACGGAUGAAGCCGAGCAGAAGAAGGAGGAGGAGGCAGGUGUGCUAGCAACCAACCACAUGCAAGAUGAGGCCGGCUGCAACAGCCGUGUUCGUGAGGCGACGCCGAAGCCGGGUGGCUGCAACAGCCAGGAGCGUUCCCCAGAUGCAGACGACGGGGGCUACGCAGACCUCGUGCGCAACGUGUGCACGUUGGAGGACAUCGAGAGGGACAAGGACAAUGCGUUGGCCGGUUGGAUGGAAAAGGCUGACAACCUCGUCAGAAAGUACAUCCAUCUGGUGCCGGAGCAAGACAGCGGCAGCGACAUGGCAGCAUCGCUGCGAAACAUGUCCGUUGUGAAGAUGAUGAGCGUCGAGAGCCGACGUGUCGGUAUCUUCUACACGUGCCAGCACGCAGGUGAGUCCGACACCAUGCCACACUGUAGGGGACCCGCCUUCCGGCUGGACCAUCUGCAGAAGAUGAUCGGCGGCACUAUCAAGGCCUGCGGCCUCGAUGCCAUGCCGCCAGGCGCUGUGUACUUCAUCUUGAAUGGCGGCAGCUUCGGCAACAACGAUGCCUUCGGGAAGGCUUUCCUGGACAAGAACAACAAGGCCAUGGCCAAGAAUAAAGACCUGGUGUACCUGGCCCUGGAGGAGGAAUCGAUGCAAAAGCGAAGGCUACGCAAGAGAGGCGGUCUCAACUUGAUGCAAGGCAUCGUGAUCUACACCCCGGUCACCAUGGAGCUCAUCCGAGGGAGCAGCCACACGCAGGAGAGGCUGCACUACACAACGACGACGCCGAGCAGCAACAUAAUUUCUGGAGUCGCGAUGGAGCCCUACGAGGAUCUGUGGCUGCUCGAGCCGGGGGUGAAAAAAGGGAUCAUGAAGGCCGGGAUUGUCAGGGCCGGAGGGAGCUGCCCUGACCACCUGAGGGAGGACAAGCCGGAGAUCUCCGGCCAGGGCUCGAAGGUACCGCUCAGCUGGCACUCGUUGCCCCACCAGCUGUGGGAAGAAUUCUUUCAUUCCUACGAGCUGGAUGCCGGUGUUUUUCUAACACUUCUGGAUGAGCAGCCGGCUGUAGCAGCCUUAAGGUCUCAGAAGCAGGCCGUGGGAAUGACCUUGAACUCGGCUCACAUGGACCUCAUGUAUGCUCGCCUGGCCAGCGUUGUCUUCCAGGCUUUCCGCGAUCCAACUGAUGAUCUCUACGAGCCCGCUCUUGGGAAGCUGCUCGGAGUAAAGAAGAGGACGACCAAGACCACG